AUGACCGCAUCGAAUCCUUUACAGAUUGUUGAUAUUUCUCAAGAGACGCGUGUCGCCGCUGCAGAACUUCUCGAUGCAUUGACUACUCAGGGGUUUGUUUUUAUCGAUGGGCAUGAUUUCACUCAAAUAGAGGUUGACUCGCUCUUCAAUCUAUCCAAGCAAUUUUUUCAACUUCCACGAGAGUAUAAGGAAAAGUAUAUUAUUGACAGUAGCCUGGGAAAAAACACUGGAUAUAUUAGUUUCACUCAAGAGAAUUUGGAUCCUUCCAAGAAAAAUGAUUUCAAAGAAGGUUUAAAUAUGAGUGAGUUAAAUUUGUUAACCGGUGAACCGGAUUGCAAUGGACCUAUACCUGAUUGGUUGAAAAAUGAUACCGAGAGGUAUGGCUUAAUUACUUCUUCAAUUAAAAAGUUGAAUUUGUUGAACUUGAAGUUAUUGGAAUUGGUGGCAAUUGCUUUGAAUGUGGAGGAUCAAAAUAAUGGUGAGUGUAAGGGCAAAGAUUGGUUUACGUCAAGGUAUAAACCUACAGAGAAAUCAGGGUCUACUUUUAGGUGGUUACACUAUCCAGUGGUGAAUAGUGAGCACCCGGAUGCAGAAAUUAGGGCUGGGGCGCAUACCGAUUAUGGCUCCAUGACUUUGCUUUUCCAAAGAGAAAACCAGGAAGGGUUGGAAAUAUACUCGCCCAUGAGCAAACUGUGGGAGAAAGUCCCCUUUGUGAAAAGUGAAAGAACUAAUAGUGGUACUGCUAAUGCUGGUGGUAGUGCUGUUGCCACAGAAGAAAAGAUGGCACCCCCAAUUGUGAUGAAUAUAGGUGAUUUAUUAAGCUAUUGGACUGCGGGCUUACUUAAAUCUACAAUACAUAGAGUCAGAUUUGAAAAUAGUGCAGGAAAGCAACAGAGAAACGAGGAUAGAUACUCAAUAGUAUUUUUUGCUCAUCCUAGUGAUGAUACGUUGUUGGAGCCUGUGCCUUGUGAUAUGAUUAGGCACAGAAGCAAAAUGGGAAGAGGCGUUGCUAAAGAUGAAGAGAAAGGAGAAUAUAUCACUGCAUUGCAGCAUUUGCAAAAGAAACUAGCCAACACUUAUACAAGGUAA